AUGAACCCUUCGUUUCUUCAGGUGAAGACGACGGAGCUAUUGAACGCAGAAGCGAGCGGGGUCAUUUUGGUAGACCCCGAUGUGGACAUUGAUCACUCUUUCAGUCGCAUCUUCACCGCGCCUCCGGUUGUCGCUGUCAAGCUGCGAGUUUUGGAAGGUAUAUCCGGUGCGGACGCAUGCCAUUCAGGGCUCCUGCGGUGUCUUGUGGAGGCACCCAACAAGGCUGUUUUCUAUACAGAUGCAGUGGAGGCUGUAGUGUCAGCAGCUUGGCAGCAGUACCGGCUUCAGACCGUGCUGGAAUCAACUUUCGGCAUUCUGACGGUGAUCCUGCUUUGCGUUGCUUCCUUCGCUUCCAAGAACGGUCAGCCUGCGUUCGCUGGAGCUGUGUGGCUUGGCAUCCUUGCAUUGCACAUCAAGAGGACUGCGGAGGAAGUAGUGCAAUACCUGUGUUUUGCGACACGAGUCUGGCAGGGCAAAGUCCACCGUGCUCGUUGUCUCGACUUCGACAACGCUGCCGACCUCGUUUACGUGAUCGUUGGAUGGUUCGCCUGUGUGCUGCAAAUGCAGCAGGAUGAGCUGGAAAAGCAAGCCGUGCCCUGCUUCUGUGCGCUGGCAUGGGUUAGAGCUUUGUACACCUUGCGUGGCGAGUCGUGGCUUGGCCCGAGACUUCUUCCCAUAUUGUCUGCGAUACAGGACACUAAAGCCAUCAUCCUGGUGACAGCAAUAUGCACCUUUGCAGCGACGCAUGCCUAUUAUUGCCUGCAAAUUCGCCAGUCGCCAUCACCACUUCAUGCCGUCUAUGUCGCAUUCUUGCAAGUGGUGCGCCUGAGCGUUUUUGAUGAGUCAAACCUCGGUGAAUUUGAGAAGUUUUAUGGAGAAGACUUCAAUAUCUCGGAGGGUGAUGACUCCGACGAGUUCGUGGAAGACGAGCCGGGCUUCGACUUUGAUUACGUGUGGAUACAUGGUCUGUUCCAUGCUACCCGCAUUGGAAUUACGAUUCUGUUGAUGAACUUGUCGAUCGGCGUUCUCGGGCAAAACUUUGAGUUGUAUCAAGAUCAAAGCCGUCAGCUUUUCCAAUGUGCUCGCGCCAGGAUGAUGUGGGAGUUGGGUCGCCGACCCUGGAAUCGGAAGUUCUGGACGAAGGCGUGCAAGCAGUCCCCCACAACUGGGGCGAGUGCUGAGCAAGCCGACCAGUGCAUGAUUUGGCUGCUCACACGCAACGAUAUUCCGCCUGAAGGGUUUCGAAGCAUUCGAACGGACUUGAAGAUGCACAUGCAAAAGAUGGAGUCCCUGAUUCGUGAAGAAGUCCGCAGUGGCUUACAGGACAUAAAGGUCGAACUCGGGGGAGCCAGCAACACUGCAUGA